GGGGAGCGAUUUUGGGGAAUUCUGGAGGAUAUUUCGUGUCCAGGUGUUCAAUAACAUUCUCCAGGUCAUUGUCCUCAAGGUGGGGAGCCAUUUCGACCCCCUCGACACAGCAAACAAUUAAACAAACAAAAAAAAGUGAAAAAUUUCAUGAAUAAAUGUCCAUACUGGAAUCUAGUACUAAAAUGGCGGCCAUAGGGACUCUAAAUACUCCCCACGCGAUCUCCAGACAUCCUCUACCCCAGCAAAUCGACUCUCUCCUCUUUCUCCAGGUGACACCCCCAAAUUAACCUCCCAAAACCAUCAACAUGGCCGCGAGGAACUCGCCAAGCCGUCUCUCACGUUAUGCAAUCCCCCAAAGUCUCGUCCCUUCAUCAUUAAUUACCCCUCAUUAUCAUCAGUGAUGGCAAUACGCACCUCCUCGUCCUUAUCGGACAUUCCCAAGGAAGCUGUUGUCGUCGAUGAGAAUGACGCCAUUAAUCACCAGUGGGAGACCAUCAAAUCCUGGCCAAAAUUAGCAGAAGUAUGGCCCUUUCGUAUUGGAAUUCCAUUGCUUGGAGCUGCUGGAACAAUUGGAGGACUUGUAAUUAACACACAUUUUAGACGAAAAUUAUCAUUAUACAGUUAUGGAAAGCUAGCGACUACUGUAGCAAUGGGAAUGGCACCUGCGGUGAUGAUUGCUGGAUCCCAUGCGAUAUUCGUCACUCACGACUUGUACCUGAACAAAACCCAGUGUCUGGUGUGCCUCCAGCAGAAGGCGAUUCUUCUCCAGCUGACGUUUGGAUUGGGUUAUCCUUUGACGUUGUCACCGCUCGCUAAUUUCAUGUACGCAACUCGUCAUGGAACCUACAGACUACCCUACUGGGGUGAUUACAAGGGAACAAUUAAACUCUGGUGGAAGUGGAUUGUCUCCGCGAGGGAGAAGUUCCUCCUUCUGAUCCUUUUUCACGCCUUCACUGCUGCUUUCCUAACCUACAAAGAGAAAGAGUCACUUCUGAAUGUUCAGCAGAAACUAUUGACUGUCGAGGCUGAGUACCUCGAGGAGUUGAAGUCCAGGGGGAAGGGUGGAAGCCCCGGGGGUGGAACACCCCAGUGAAUCAUCCUGAUGUCCCCACCCUCUGCAUUUAAUUAAAUUAAUUGAAAAAUUAUCAAUAAAUUCGUUGGAUUUUGGGGUUUUCCCAGGAUUCCACCUCCAAAACUCGAAUUUUUUUCCUUUUGGAGUCAACAAAUAGUCUUUUGUUUGUUAACCUGACCUUGGGGAAGGGUCAAGGGCGGGGGGGAAGUUAACCCCCUCCCCAUUACCCCCUGGGGAGGGCGUUAAAGUGGAAAUCACAUGUGACGUCACGUUAAUUUGUUGUAAAUUCGUUGCAAAAAACGAUUUUUCGACUGUUCAGACUCAUUUUUUAAUAAUAAUCAGUCGAAUAAUUGUUUAUAACACUCCCUCAAAUCAUUUAUAAUAAUAAUAAUCGGUUUUUAAGGCACCCAAAA